AUGGAAGCUCAAGCACCAGUCAAUGGCGGAUCCGUACAGAUCCGGACGGAGGACGCCUCACGAAAGCUUCCGAAUUUCUUACAGAGCGUCAACAUGAAAUACGUCAAGCUCGGCUACCAUUACCUCAUCACCCAUCUCUUCAAGCUCUGUUUAAUCCCGUUAAUGGCGGUCUCGAUCACAGAGAUCUCCCGAUUAACACCAGACGAUCUCUACCAGCUCUGGCUCCAUCUCCAAUACAAUCUCGUCGCUUUCAUCCUCCUCUCCGCGCUAGCCGUCUUCGGCUCCACCGUCUUCAUCAUGACCCGACCUAGAUCCGUCUACCUCGUCGAUUACUCCUGCUAUCUCCCUCCGGCGAGCCUCCAAGUCAAAUACGAGAAAUUCAUGCACCACUCGAAGCUAAUCGAGAAUUUCAGCGAGUCGUCUCUCGAGUUCCAGCGGAAGAUUCUCGAGAGAUCGGGUUUAGGGGAAGAGACUUACCUCCCGGAGGCUAUGCAUUGCAUCCCUCCGCGUCCGACGAUGGAGGCGGCGCGUGGGGAAGCAGAGCAGGUAAUGUUCGGAUGCCUCGACAAACUCUUCGAGAAUACCAAAAUCAACCCUAGGGAUAUAGGUGUGUUAGUUGUGAAUUGCAGUUUGUUUAACCCAACUCCGUCUCUCUCCGCCAUGAUUGUGAACAAGUAUAAGCUUAGAGGGAAUGUGAAAAGUUUCAAUCUUGGCGGGAUGGGUUGUAGCGCCGGUGUGAUCUCGAUUGAUUUGGCUAAAGAUAUGUUGCAAGUCCAUAGGAACACUUACGCCGUUGUGGUGAGCACUGAGAACAUUACUCAGAAUUGGUACUUCGGGAACAAGAAGGCGAUGCUGAUUCCGAAUUGCUUGUUCAGAGUCGGUGGGACGGCGAUCUUGCUGUCGAACAAAGGGAGAGAUCGGAGACGGUCCAAGUACAAGAUGGUUCACACGGUGAGGACUCAUAAAGGAGCUGAUGAGAAGGCGUUCAACUGUGUGUAUCAGGAACAGGACGAGAACGGGAAGACUGGUGUUUCCUUGUCGAAAGAUCUCAUGGCGAUCGCUGGGGAGGCGUUGAAGGCGAACAUCACGACGAUGGGGCCUUUGGUGCUUCCGAUAAGCGAGCAGAUUCUGUUCUUUGCGACUCUGGUGGCGAAGAAGCUGUUCAAUGCGAAGAUGAAGCCUUACAUUCCGGAUUUCAAGCUUGCGUUUGAUCAUUUCUGUAUCCAUGCUGGUGGGAGAGCUGUGAUUGAUGAGCUUGAGAAGAACUUGCAGCUCUCGGAGAGGCACGUGGAGGCGUCGAGGAUGACGUUGCAUAGGUUUGGGAACACGUCUUCGAGCUCGAUUUGGUAUGAGCUGGCUUACAUUGAGGGGAAAGGGAGGAUGAAGAAAGGGAACAGAGUUUGGCAGAUUGCUUUUGGGAGUGGGUUUAAGUGUAACAGUGCGGUUUGGGUGGCGCUGAACAAUGUCAAGCCUUCGGUUAAUAGUCCUUGGGAUCAUUGCAUUGACCGAUAUCCGGUUAAGCUUGAGUACUGA